AUGAGACUCAAGCAGACUGAAGAGAUGUCUGUGAAUCAAUACGACAACCGAUUCACUCAGCUGGUUAAGUACAUGCUUAUGUACCAAACCGACGAAAGCCAGAAAGCACAAAAGUUUGUUUCAGGAUUGCAAGUUAGUCUUCAACAAGUGUUAAGUGGAUGGGACAUUGACACUUAUAAGGAAGCAUUUCACCAAGCUUUAACCAUUGAAAGAAACCUGACGAGGGUGAAAAUAAUCAAGACUGGAGAAGAGAGCAAGGGCAGUAAGCUAGGAAAUGUAACGGCUCAAUCUAAGGACGAAGGGAGGUGCCCUCGAUGCAAGAAGAAACACUUUGGGAAAAGAUGUGUCAUAAAAUGCUAUACCUGUGGUGAGGAAGGCCACAUUGGAAGAAACUACCCGAAGAUCAAAGGAACACCCCAAGUUAGGUACCAGGGAAAAGUGGUGUGCUAUAAUUGUGGGCAACCAGGGCAUAUCUCGCGAGAGUUCCCAAAGAGACAAAAGAUGGAGCCGCCAAGUGGAGGAGCACCGAAUGUUUGUCCUGGCCGGGUGUACAAUCUGACUUGUGAGGACGCUGAGGCCGAUCCUACAGUUAUUGAAGGUACACUGUUCUUUUCGAAUAUUCCAGUUCAUGCUUUAAUAGAUCCGGGUUCUACGCAUUCGUUUGUUUCGCAUGCAUCAAUAAAAAAUCUAAAGCUAGAACCUAGGGAGUUAGGUUAUCAAAUGAUAAUAGCUACGCCUAUGGGUUUAAUCCUAGAGACGACAGUAGGAUGUCAGGGUUGUAAACUCGAUAUGGGAGGGGAAAGUUUCAAGAUAAACUUAGCCGUAUUAGAUAUACAAGAUUUCGACAUGAUCAUAGGAAUGGAUUUCCUAUCGGUACAUGAAGCUAAAGUGGAUUGCAAGAACAAGACCGUGAGUUUACGCAAACCUAACGGAGAGUGGAUUUCGUUUCAAGGUCAGAACAAUAGAAUCAAGAGAAAGCAUGGCGUAACUUUGCAAGCAUUGCAAUCAGCUAAACCUGAGUCAAGUAAGAAGAAUCUUGAAUUGGAUUCAGUGAGGGUUGUGAACAAGUACCCUGAGGUUUUUCCUGAGGAUUUACCAAGAUUACCACCCCCUAGAGAGAUCGAAUUCUCAAUAGAUCUUGUACCAGGAAUGCAACCUAUAUCCAUACCUCCGUAUAAGAUGGCCCCAGCUGAGAUGAGGGAAUUAAAAGAGCAAUUGCAGGACUUGGUCAACAAAGAAUUUAUCAGACCUAGUGUCUCACCUUAG